AUGACAACUGAACCAGUGGAUCAACAACAACAACAAUAUACUAAUCUAAUUAAUUCAUUACCAAGUAGAUGGGAAAUAGAACUUGAAUUUGUUCAAUCUUUAAGUAAUAUACCUUAUGUGAAUUAUCUUGCUCAGAAUAAUUAUUUAAAUGAUGAAAGUUUUGUAAAUUAUUUGAAUUAUUUACAAUAUUGGACAGAACCUCAAUAUGCUAAAUUUUUAGUUUAUCCAAAUUGUCUACACAUUUUAAAAUUAUUACAGGAUGAAAAUUUUCGUAAGAAUAUUAUCAAUCAAGAAUUUAUGAACAAUUUAAUGAAUGAUAUGGUUAAACGAUGGCAAAAUAAUGAACCGUCGGAACAACAAGCUCAACAAGCUCAAACAAACGAGGAGGAACGAGAGAAGAAUCAAGUUCAACAACAAGUUCCAAUUGAAAAUGGUGGAAUGUAA